AUGAAAUCACCAUCCGAAGACAUUCCAGAAUGGAACGAAACGAAAGAGACAGAAACAGAUAUGAUCAUAGAUUUAGAAAAAGACAAAAACACAACUUCCUACGCUAUAGCUAAAGCAACUGAAGCUGUCUUUAAUAAUAAUAGCUGCAAGGAAAACUCAACCUUAUGUUUCGAAGAUAAAUACGAUAGUCUAGAGAUCAGUGUCGUGAUUGUGUUGUUUUUGUUGAUCGUGGUGACUGUCAUUGGGAAUACUUUGAUAAUAUCCGCAGUUUUGACGACGAAAAGGCUGCGUACGGUGACCAAUUGCUUUGUGACGAGUCUUGCUGUAGCGGAUCUUCUGGUCGGCAUAUUUGUGAUGCCCCCGGCUAUUGCUGUCCACAUCAACGGUGAAUGGGAGCUUGGUUGGAUCCUCUGCGACAUCUGGAUAAGCUUGGACAUCUUACUCUGCACAGCGUCCAUCCUCUCGCUCUGCGCAAUCAGCGUGGACCGCUAUUUAGCUGUGACCAGGCCUUUGACAUACUCCAGGCGGAGACGCUCCAAGAAAUUGGCCUUGACAAUGAUAUUCUUUGUUUGGAUAGCCGCUGGAGCUAUUACGUGUCCACCGAUGUUUGGAUGGUAUGAACCAGAUCAUAACCAAGGCGGAGUCUGUAGAUACAAUCAAAACCCUGGCUAUGUUGUGUUCUCGGCUAUGGGGUCGUUCUUCCUGCCCAUGGCCGUGAUGGUCUAUGUCUACGCGAGGAUUUCCUGCGUGGUCGCAAGAAGACAUCACCAGCUGGCCAGCAGUACAAAGUGCAGUAAGAAGGACAAGCUAUCGUGCAUCCGAACCGAAUCCGAUUCCGGAUCGGACAAACUCUCGUUAAGGCAGAGCGCUUCGAAGCAGACGUCCAAGAACUCGAAUCAACAAAGUGAGACCUCGCUAGGCGACCACAAGUGUUGCUGCUUCAAAGAAAAGAAGGCACACCACAAAUACAGGAGCAAGGAGAAAGAGUCGAAAUUCUACAACGAAGUUACAUUCAAAGCGAACUAUAAAUACAAAAACACAACCCGACGCUCGCAUUCUGUAAGGGAACACGAAAAUAAUCGUGUGUCGUCGCUGCGGCGGGAAACUAAAACCGCCCAAACCUUGAGCCUUGUGGUGGGCGGUUUCGUGGCCUGUUGGCUUCCUUUCUUUCUCUAUUACUUGCUAACACCGUUUAUACCGUCGAAUUACGUUAAUCCUGUCCUAAUGUACAUACUCACUUGGCUAGGGUGGUUUAACUCGGCCAUAAAUCCAUUUAUAUACGCUUUUUAUUCGCCGGAUUUCAGACUAGCGUUCUGGAGGCUGACCAUCAGAAAAUGUAUGAGGAAUAAACGAAAAUGA